ACCCCCAAACUCUGCCUUCUUUGCCCUAAAAUUAGUUGUAAUAGCAGUUAAAAAGUCCCAUCUUUGCGAAACCCAGUUUUAGUUUCAUCUCCUUCCUUGUUCAACGGUCAUUAUAUAUCUCGCCAAAAUCAAAUCAAAUCAUUCGUUUCUCUCUUAAUCACCUCCCCGCAAAACCCCAAAUCGUUAUUUUCGAUUUGGGCACACAAAUCAUUGUAAAAAUUUCAUCUUUUUCAUGUUCUUGAACCCUAACCACUUUCUUGAAGCUUUGUAAUACAGGGGGAGUUUCUUCAAAUGAGCGCAAACCCAUGAUUUUUUGAUUUUUUUAAGAGACCCCAUCAUGUCUAAAAUCGAAGAAGACUCUUUUUCAAGCCAGCCCAAUUCCCAAGAAACCAAGAAAAAGAAGAAUUUGAGUGGUGAUGGUGAUGAGAAUGGGAGUGAUGUGGUUAGGAGAGUGAGGCCUGCUAGAGCUUGUACGCUUCGGGCUGCGUUGAAGGUUUAUGAGGUGGAGGAAGAUUGUGGUAGUGAGAGGAAGAAGAGUAGGAAGAGAAAGGAGAGGUCUUUGUGUAGGGAGGAGUCUCCGGAUCAGUCCCCGCCUCAGGACGAGCAAUGUAGUAAGAUUGUGACACCGUUGGUUGCGGAGCCAACACUUUCUCAGCUGCCGCGGUGGAGUAUUAGGUCAAUGUGGGAGUUGGGUUCGGUUCUUAAUUUUUUGAAUGUGUUUAGGCCGCUUUUGAAUAUCAAAGUGGAGUUCUCGAUUGAGGAGCUUGAAACGGCUUUGAUUACACCGAAUAAUACUUUGGCUGAUAUACACAUUCCUUUGUUGAAGGCUAUCCCACCUAUUGCUCGAAUGACGCUUGGACACAAUACUUGGGUCACUGUUCUUUGUAGAAAGUUAAGGCAAUGGUGGCAUUGGGUUGCCGAUGGGGAGCUACCAAUAAUUGCAUCUCAUGGAUCUGAGGUUGAAGCAUAUAAUAAACUUGAUCCCGGUGUCCGGGUGGUGAUUUUAAAAGCCUUGUGUGAUAUUCGUGUCGAGCAAGAAGACAUACGGAGCUAUAUAGAUAAUUCAAUAAAGCAUGGCGUUCAGCUUUCAGUAUUCCGUAAGGAACGUAUUGGCGGUGAUUCUCGUGGAAUCUCCUAUUGGUAUGAAGAUGAUCCAGUCAUCGGUCAUCGUUUGUACAGAGAAAUUAGAGAAAUUGAGUUGACGAAAGGGAAGGGAAAAAGUGUACAACCUAUUUCUAGUUCGUGUUAUCAGUGGGAGACAGUAGCAACCAGUUUAGAUGAAUUUCAAGACGUUUCUGAGAAGCUUUUAGCAAGCAAAAACAGAAACGAGUGUUCUGUUGGAAAGAAGUUACAUAAUGACAUGCUUCCUGAGAUUGAGAAGGUCCACAAGAGAAAGGAGAAAAUGUUGAAGAAACAACAUAGAGAAGCUCUUCUUCUUGAUAAUAUGAUGGGUGUGAAUGGGCUUGCACCUGGACAUUCCCUUCGUGGUAGAAAACGUGUAUCAUAUACUUUUGAUGAUUAUGACCGAUCAAUAAAUGAAGCUAUCAAAUCAACAAAAACAAAACAACCAUUUUCUGAACAUCCCGUCAGAAGAGAGGGUUUAAGACAUAAUUCUUCUUCAAAUGGCAGUAGUAGACUGGGCGGCCGUUCACAAAAUCCUCAGCGUGAUUCAUUCAAUGCUUUAUCACCUAAAUCUCCUAAUUAUGUUGAAAGUGACUACGAAGAUAAUUCUGGACCAUUAGAUCGCAGCAAUCGGCGUAGGCAGAGACCUCAACGAUAUUCAGAAAGAGAGUUUGUAGAAGCGGUCUCAGAUCAAGAGGCAGGCUUCGACAGUGACAAUGAUAUAGUUGGAGAGGUUGUGUAUGACGAAGAUUAUUUGAGGAAACGGAAAGAUAUGAAGAAAAUAACCAGUAGCUCUGAAGGAGAUGAAGAGUAUUAUUGGGAAGGAGAACGUGCUGAAGAGGAAGAGGAAGAAGAAGAUUAUGAAUCUUUGAGUCUUAGUGAGGAUAGCAGUGAGCGUCCAAGAUUGAAGAAAUUACGAGGCCAAUCUAGGAGGGAAUCAAAGUCGAGGUCAGUUCAUGAUAUCCAAUCAGGUCUAAGACGUAGUAGAAGGGCCACCAGAAACCGUAUUGAUUAUAGGCGAUUAGAUGGGUCAGAUUCAGAAUACGAGUGCCUAGAACGGGAGGGAUUGAAUGCACAAGACAAGCACACCAAUAAAUUUGAAUCUGCAGAAUUUUCGAUGGGAGGAAGUGAAGAUACAGAAGACAAUGAUGAAUACCAGGAGAUGAAAAGUGAAGCACCUGUUGAAGAGAAGCCCAAUGCUGUAGAAACAGAACACCAAGUACCUACAAAAGGUCAUAGCACAGAUCAAGAUGAGUCGGAAGGUGUACAACAAAGGCGUUUUCUUGAUCUUAAUGAACUUGCACCAGGGCCUGGGUUUGACGACGGUCUGAAUUCAACUAUGAAAGAUGAGGAUACUGACAACUUGUAAGUCGUAAGGCUUCUCUUGGAAAGCUGUUUGUAUUAUUAGAUAAUAUACGGACUUUGGUCCACUAUUAUGGAAGUAAAAGUUAAAUAGGUCUUCCAUGCCAAAAUUUUGGCAACUGCCUGCCUGCAUGUUUUAUCUAUGACCAUGACAGGCAAUAUAUAACUGAGAAAUUACUUGCCAAAGAAAUGUCGGGAAAUUAUGUAACAUUGGUUGUUUUUUAAAGUUUCCUACAAGACCAA